AUGGUGACAGUAGUGUCACUAAAAGACUUAAAGAAAUUCUACCCUAUGGACCUGAUUAUAUUGUGCAGAAGAUCGAGUGCCAUUUAUCAGCUGACUUAUUUAAUAGUCCGUAUCACAUUUUUGGCGAACAUUCAAAGUGUGACGAUUAUUUUUGUAAAAAAAAGACUUUUAGGAGAAGAAAAUUGGGUACAGCGUGCAGAAAUCUGUGGAAUGAUGGUCGAAAUAAAAAAUAUUGUUAAUCGCUUAGUGUUAAAUUCGGCAAGUUUGAUUUUAGAUUUAGGGAAAUUUAGUAAAUUAUUUUUAAAAGAUGUUGCGAGAAAGAGACAUAAUAAUGCACGAAGCCGAGAGUUAUUUCCUUCUAAAAAUAAAAAAAUUAAUAAAAAAUGUGGUCCAGAUGAAAACUAUGGAUUAUCAGAUGAGUUGGUUGACGAUUUAACUCCUGCAGAAUUCAAAAUAAGAAAAGAUAAUUUUCUUAACGAAUUAAAGACCACUAAUCGAGAAAAAUUGGAAAACGAAACCAAAGAUCAAUCCAAAUCCCAACUUUGGUAUUCGGAGAGAAAAAAAAGAAUUACUGCCUCAAAUAUAGGGAAAAUAUGCAAAAUGCGACAGCAUACCUCUUGUAAAAAGAUUGUAUACGAUUUGCUCUAUAGUUGCAUAAACAUAAAAAUAAAGGCUAUUGAAUAUGGACGUGUAAUGGAGAUCGAAGCAAAAAAAAAAUUUGAAAGCUUAUACAAUUUGACAAUUGCACCUGUGGGUUUGUGUAUGGAUGAGAAAAUUCUAUAUCUAGCCGCAAGUCCAGAUGGCCUCAUCGGCGAAGAUUCGAUCAUCGAAAUCAAAUGUCCAUUUUCGGCUAGGAAUUUUUCUGAUAUAUUCGAUGCUAUUGACGCAGGAAAAAUUCCUUUUUGUUUUAAAGACAAACAAAACAAUGUUAGCUUAAAAACUAAUCAUAAUUAUUAUUACCAGAUUCAGACUCAAUUGCAUGUAACCAAAAGAAAAAAAUGUAAUUUUUUUAUUUAUACAGAAAAUUGGUAUUAUAAUGUAUGUAUUACUAUCGAUGAUAACUUUUGGUAUCAAAAAAUACAGUCUCAAAUACAUUUAUUCUAUAAUGAAUGUUUAUUGCCGGAAUUAAUAAAUCCGCAGUUUGGUAAGAGACAUCUAGUUACCGAAAUUAUCGAUCCACCAAGAAUUUUAAAAGAACAAGCAGCCAAAAAAAAAUGA